AUUUUGGACCAAUAGUGAUACAACAUUGGAUUGCUAAGGGUAGGCGGGAUUUCCUUGCGAGUUUAGCAUCGCGGCCUCUGCUGAAGGGCACCUGUUUCGUUCUGUUGGCACAGGGGUCGUCUGUUAAAGGACCAUUACUAAUCCAUCAUGGGAGGACAUGACAGCGGAACCCAGCACCAGUUCACUGGGAUUGCCAAGUACUUCAAUUCGUACACAAUAACAGGAAGGAGGAAUUGUGUUUUGGCCACAUAUGCAAGCAUAUUAGGCAUUGUGCUGUUCUUCAAAUUGAAGCCUAAGAAACAAGCUGCCGUCACAGAAAAGUGAUCAUGUGUCCAUUUCGAUUAUCAUUUUUAACAGCUGGAUGUGGAGAAAGCAGCUGGAUAUGCUUGUAAUAAAAUAUGACUGUUUGGUUUCACUAUGUUAACAAUAAAGACCAUUUAUGUCCAAAACAUA